UUUAAUUAUUUUCUUCAGUAAUUCCAACUGUCAGCCCAUUUAUCACAGCACAAAGCCAUAGAAUCUUUAUAUAGAUUAACUCAACAAGGUGAAACUUAAUAAACCGUAACCCAACAAUCUAGCCCUAUAAGAAAAGAAUUUAUAUGCAGACCCAAAGUAUCUUCUAUGUGCACUUGGCUAAGAGUUGAGAGGCUAGAUUCAGAGUCCUUUUGUCGUUAAUAAGACCCAAACACACCGCUGCAGUGCCAGAAAAAAGAUACAAGAGAGAUUACCCACAACAAUAAUGAAAUGAGAAAAAAUAAAUUAGAACACAUAUUUUAGAUGUACGUCAGAAUUAAAUGUAAGAAUUAAAAGUGAAACACAGAGGAAAUCGUAAAUAAACGCAUUGGAAAAACUGACGGUAAAUUUGAAUGGGAACAGGAAAAUGGAGCUUGCGGCACGCGAAAAGGUUGGCAGCACCGCAACCAGAUGCGACCCUGGGCGGCAACUGUCAAAGACGCAAGGCAGGAGAAGUAAACAAAAAGCUCAAAAGGAAAGCAAAUGCGAACGAACGCGAAGAAAACGAACCCACAGCGAUUUAUAUGUCAGCUGGCCCAAAGCGCUUGUCUAGGGUCUCGCCUGUCAAAUAUCUACGACUGCCGAUUCGGAAAACAGACGCAGAUAGCGGCGCGCGUGAAAAAGCAAAUUCUCUGAAAAUUGUAAACGCGAAUAAAAUAAAACGAAACUCCCAAAAAAAAAAAAAAAACAAAAAACUCAAUCAUAGACUAGAAGAUCCUUGUUGUCUUCAGCCAUGGAGCGUACUGCUGUGCCCCGCGGCAAGCGUCCCAGAGUGCAGGUCUCCAUGGAUGACAAAGAGCGCGCGAUUGCGCGCAUACGCAACGGCGAAACAAAGGCCGGCAUCUCGCGGGAGCUGGGCGUGCCGGAGUCCACGGUGCGCGGCUGGGUUAAGCGGGCCGAUCAGCGCAUGGCGCGCGAGGCGGGCGAGGGCACGGAGACUGCAUCGCCGCCCUCGUUGGUGGUGCACUCCUUGAAGCUACCUGCCAAGCGGGAUCACAAUGGCCAGCAGAGGACCCGCUCCAUAGCUCCCAUGCCCGUGGCCGUGCCGCUGCCCAUGCAGCUCUUCCAGCAGGCGGCCAGCAGUCAGCUGCAGCUGAAUGGCUGGCUGCACAUAUUCAAUGCGGGCAUCCUUAACUUCACGCUGAUUGCCACGGCCGCCUAUUUGCGGGCGCGCGUGCGCGGCACCACAGAUCGCCAGUCCCUGUGGCAGAUCAUUUGCGAGUAUGUCGAUGAGGCCGGGCGAAAUGUCGCCGCCAAUGGGGGCCAGUAUGUGGCGCCAGCGGGGGCGGCUAUAAAUCGGCAGCAGCUUACCCCGCCGGCCCUUUCGCGCAAUGUCGGCGGCGGCGGCGGCGGCGGCGGGGGCUUUGUGGCGCCGCGGCUGCACAUUACGGCCGAGGACGACGAGGACGCCAGCAUGGAUGUCGAGGGGGCAAGUCCGUGAAAACGAAUCGAUUUAUUUAUGUACAUGUUCAAUAUGCAAAUAAAACGCCUGUCAAUGGGAUUAUG